AUGAGUACAACAUCAGAAACACAUGAAAUUGAUUCGAACUUAGAUAUUAUUAAAAACACUCUAGGUGUAAUUGGAGCUAUCAGAGACGCAGCACAACCAUACUUAUCUCUAAUUUCAACUGUGACAACUAUUAUUGCAGAAAUAUUUAAUAUUUACGAGAAUGUUCAAUAUAAUAAAAAUAUUUUUAAAGAAAAGUUUGGAUCGCUUAUUAAUGAAUUCAAAACUACCAUGAAUGAUUUAUAUUUUGCAACAACUCUCUUUAAUGACGAACAGAGAGAAAUAGAUGCAAGGGCCCUUAAAUCCGACCUAGAAGAAAUGUCAAAAUUUUUGGAAACAAUUAUCAGUGAUGUCAUUGAUGCUAAUCAAAAUAUUAACAAUGUUCUGAAAGAAGUAUUAAUUAUUAAAAAUCAAUUGAGAUUCCAAAAUUCUAUUACUAAAAACAUCAGAGCAACAGAAAUAGAGCCAAGAGAAUUAAAUGACCCUCAAAUUGGAAAAUCUACUGAUACACAAGCCAACAAAGAAUCACCUCUCGUUAAGAAACUGCUAAAUGAAGCUAUUGAA